GGUCUGACACACCGCUCAGUCAUAUGACUUUCAUUUCCUGGUACAGUCGGCGGCGGCGGCACAGCUUCAUCACAAACACCGCUGAGUGAGCGCUCCUGUCCGGGUUUUCUUUCGUCUUCUCCUCGCUAGCUUGACACUCCGAACUGGUGUGCGAUCAUGUACCGACGUGCUGCAUUUGUUUUAUUCCUCGCCUGUGGAAUCGUCUUCCAGCUGUCUCAUGGUGUUGAGGUGGAGGUCAAAGAUCAAGACAAGUUAUGCCUCUAUGCUAAUUUAAUGGUCAACUUCUCGGUCUCAUAUGACAUCGCUGGUAAUAAGAGUGCAACGGCUGAGUUCGAACUUCCUGCUAAUGUCACAACAGUUGGAAGUGAGUGCAAUGACAAAAGCUCAUUGCUGAAACUUAAUUUCGGAGAGGGACACUCCUGGAGCAUGAACUUCACCGUCACGGAUAAAAUGUACCAAGUGGACUCCAUCGCCUUCACCUACAACCUCAGCGACACAACUCUCUUCCCUAAUUCUUUGAACAAUGACACCAAGACUUCUACUGUGAAGCCUCACAUCACAGACAUUGGCUUGGACACCUGCUACUCCUGCAAAAGCAACGACAUGCUCGAGGACGUUUCGGUCAAUCAGACACUGUUCGACGUGCUCAUUCAGGCUUUCGUCAAUAAUGGCAGCAAGAGUGAGCAGAUUACCUCUUGUGCUGCUGAUGUACCCACCGCCAGUCCUACCACUGCAGCGCCCGCCACGACCACCAAACCGACCACCACACCGACUACUACACCAACCCCCACCCUGCCUCCACCCGCCACUGGGAACUACAGCCUCAAGAAUGACAAUGGCAGCACAGUGUGUCUGCUUGCAUAUUUUGGCCUGCGGAUCAGCUUGAAGCAAGGAGAUAAAUAUGAGGAGAUGAACUUUGAGCCUAAUGGCACCACCGUCUCUGGAUCAUGUGGAGUCAACAGCAGUGAGCUGGUGUUGCUGUCGAGCACAAUGAACUUCUCCUUCACUUUCCUCAAUGACGCAAAGAAAUUCCGCCUGCAUGCUCUGAAUGUCACCGGAAAGACGAGCUCUGGUGUGCCGUUCACUGAGGCCAACAGCAGCCUGAGUCUGUGGGAGGCGAGUGUCGGCAGCUCCUACAUGUGCAACAAGGAGCAGAACAACACCAUCACAGGCCUGCUCAGCAUCUACACCUUCGACCUUCACGUUCAGCCCUUUGGAGUGAAGAAGGAUAGUUUCAGUACAGCCCAUGAAUGUUCAAUGGAUGACACCAGCAUCUUAAUCCCAAUCAUUGUUGGCGCUGCUCUGGCUGGCUUGAUUCUCAUUGUAGUGAUUGCUUACGUGAUUGGUCGAAGAAAGACUUAUGUUGGAUAUCAGACCCUUUAAAUCCACUUUGCAAUCGAUCUUCAAAAUAUCACGGGGUUCCCGAGCCUGGUCCUUGGGUUUCAUGUCCAUGUUUAAUUGGCAAAUAACUUAAAGAUUCAAGAGUCAAAAUCUGAACUAAAGUGCCUGCUGGGAAAACAUGAGAUGCAGUUUUUUUUUUUUUAAAAGAAAGAAAUUGGCUGCUGUCAGAAAAAUGGAUUUUACUUUUUGUUUGUAUUGAAGAAGCCUAAAAGGUCUUUAAUGAGAACAAAGAAGAGUGAAAAUCCAUGUUUAACUGGAAAGUUUGGUGUUUCUCUCAAGGACCAAACUUGUCUGCCCCCAAUGUCUGUUUCUCUUUUGUUGUUUUCUGGAUGUGUUGUCAUUUCCUUUUUGUUGUGUUUUUUUGUUGUUAAUAAGCAAGUGCAAGAUCCACACAACCUUUUUAAAAAAAAAAACAAAAAAAAAACUGAAGAAGUCAUUACAAUCAGAUGAAAAGUGACACUCAGUAAACAAUACAGUUCUUGCAGUUGGACAUUUAUUAAAAAAAAAAAAAAAAACUCUUGACAUGAACAUUUUAAGCACAACACGUGUCACAGUUGGAUCCUGCACUUUCUCCCCUGACAUUCCCUUUUAUUUUUUUUCUCUUGUCAUUACUUAAUCUUUGUGCACAUUUUAGUUUUUUUAUUUUCUUUUUAUGGUUUUGGCAUUUCAUCCCCGUAAUUAUUUCAUUUAUAUCAGGACGUUACAGAACAAUGAUGUCGCUCACAAAUCAAAGGAAGAUGUAUCAGUCACCCUUCUCUCUCUGAUCCCACAUACUCAUUAACGAGGAUGAAGGUCUGUUCCAGCCAGAAAAUUCUCAAAAGAAAUAUGCUUUUGCCCUGUAGAGCAGGAGAAACAUCGGAAUUACUCGUCUUGAUUAUGUGGCGCCAAUCGUUUAAAGUAUGUGGCAUCAAAGCGUUUGUUGUUGAAGCAUUAAAAGACCUUUUUAGUGGCAGACAGUUCGACACAAGCAGUUGAAGUCCAAGUGGAGAUAAUGACAUCAACCAUGACUUUAAAGAUGAAGUCAACAGUGGUGUCAUGAACUACACCCGUGCCUCUCCCGCUCCACCACGUCAAAAUGUCUGCCGUCUAAAAGGUCUCUUACAUUUUCAGUCAGAGAAUAAAUCUGAACAGAAACGUCGACUGUGUUAAUUCUUGUAUAAUACGUUACGGCAUUAGGUUUAGAAAAGGGAGACUUUGUGUAGAUGUUCACUUUCAGCACAGAUAAUUCUGAAACGGGGAUAUACACAUAUAAAUGCACUAAGGCGCUCUUUACAUGUAUGCAUUAUGUUGAGACUGUCGUCACGUUAUCUCUCCUGUGUUUGGGCCUCAGUUUGGUCUGAGCUCUGAGGACUGCAGCUGCAUCAGGGGACGUUAAAGCUCCUGAAAUCUUUGAAAAUUGGAUGAAAAUAUGGCCAUAUUUAUUCAAGUACAGUUUCAUUAUGUUACUAAUUAAGACAUUUUUGUAGUUGGAUUAGAGGAUUAACAUCUCUCAUGUCUGUUUUGAAUAUGAAGCUACAGCCAGGUUAGCUUAGCUUAGCACAAAGCGUGGAAAUGUUAGCCUGGCGCUGUUCAAUAGAAACCAAUCUGACUGGGUGUUUUUCCCUGUUUUCAGUCUUUAUGAUUACAAAACUGGUUGUAGGUGGAAUUGGAUUAAUAUCUUUCAACAGUGAUCACAAAAGCAAACUAACGCCACACUCGUCAUCAGAUUGAUUUAAAAAAAAAAAAAACCUGCUAAAUCCACCUAAAAUCUGCAAAAUAAUCUUGCGCGAAAUCAGCAGAAUUGUAGCGAGAGAAUUGUAUUUUCAUGUCAGACGGAAGUUUUCAGGAGCGCGUUAGUCAGGGAAUCAGUGCACGUUGCAGAGAUGCAGUGUCAGGGACGAAGGCCGGCCUCAGAAAGUGUGUUUGUAGGGUAGAAAGCCAGUGUGACGUGCUGGUAGCUGUGUGUCGUUGCUUAAACCGAGCAGAGUGUUGGUUCCUGCUAGCUUUGCUCCACCUCCUCUGGACUGGAACAACGCAGGCAGUCAGCUUCACUGAAUACGACUAGAAUGAUUAGAAAUGAUGCUUUUUUUUAAGUUGCUUUGGCGGGAUGUUGUACAAGUGUUUUUGAAUAAUAGCUAUGAAUCAAAUAUUGGCUUUUGAUUUUGAUUUUUUUUUUUCUCUUUUUUUUGUGCUUGUGAUUGUUGCUGUCGUGUGUAUUUCAGCUUUGUACGAACUCAGUUGCCUCAAGUAUCGAGAUGGUUUUGCAGCACUGCUAUAAAUGUUUUCUCAAGGUUAAUCCUCCGUGUUCUCAAUAAAUCAUCUAACAUGUUCAUCAUCACGACAA